UAGUGGCCCACCCGACUCACAACGAGUCAUGAGUGUGGCGGCGAACUCGUGGGUUUAGGGCUUUACUCUCUCUCUCUCUCUCUCUCUUGUUCAGGAAAAUCUGGUAAGGCUAUUUACCAUUGCAAUCCCGCGAUUUCAUCUCGCCGCAAACUUCAUCGCUUGUCUCUCUGAGAAAAGGUUUUGGUCCAGGCGUUGAGUUACCAUUAGUGUAUGAUGGAGACGGUGGUGGUUGAGCCGGAGAGUCGCCGGGGGAGAAAACGGAAGGUAAAUAACGUGCAAACUGCGGCGGAAGACGUUGGUGGAAGAAAGAAGGUGAUGCAUACGAGGUCAUUCGAAUUGGUUGGAAGAUAUAUGCUGAAAGAGUUCAAGGGGAGUGGAGUUCUUCUAGGAAGGAUUGUGGAUUAUGAUUCAGGUUUGUACAGGAUAAACUACGAGGGUGAUCUUUGUGAGGAUUUGAACAGCAUAAAAGUCAAAUCACUUCUGGUGGAAGAAGGCGAUUUAACUGAUGAAUGGUCUAAGAGAAAGGAAAUGCUGAACCAACUUUUGUCGAGUAAAGAUGUGAACUCGAACACUGCAACUGCUACUGAUGCACGAGAGCUGGGAAAAGCAAAUUCCAUUGAUUCAUCAUCAUUGAGUGGAAUGACCUAUUCUUGUAGUGCUCAUGAUGGGAUUGUCAAAGUUCAGAGUGAUGAGGUUGGUGCUGAUUCUUUGAGUGGUUCGUGUGAGGGUGCUCAAGGGGGGGAGACUAAACAGCCACCUGUUCCACCGCCAGAUCUGCCUCCUUCGUCUGGUCAUAUUGGCGUUCCGGAGGAGUGUGUCUCACAUCUUCUUUCUGUAUAUAGUUUCUUGCGAUCAUUCAGUGUGCGGUUGUUUCUGUACCCUUUUGCACUGGAUGAUUUUGUGGGGGCACUCAAUUGCUCUGUUGCAAACACAUUGUUGGACUCAGUUCAUGUUGCUCUUAUGUGUUUCCUAAAGCGCCAACUUGAGAAGAUCCACACAGAUGGUUCUGGGCUUGCAUCAAAAGUUCUGAGGUCCCUGGAUUGGAGCUUGCUUGAUACAUUAACUUGGCCAAUUUACUUGGUCAAUUAUCUGAUAGCAAUGGGUCAUAAAAAUGGAGAUGACUGGAAAGAGUUAUAUGCACAUUGCCUGGAGAGAGAUUAUUAUACUUUAUCUGUAGGUAAGAAGCUGAUCACUUUGCAGAUUUUAUGCGAUGAUGUUCUGGAUACUGAAGAGCUCAGAGCAGAAAUGGACAUGCGUGAGGUAGCAGAAAUUGCAAAGGACAUAGAUCCGGGCACAGAGUUGGGCGCAUGUGAACCUGCAAGAAUUCUUCCUGGAGACUCCAAAACUUCUGACUGCAUGGACAUAGAAGCUGCACAAAGAGCUGAAAACCAUCAGACAAAAAAAUCUCUUGAUGAUCUCCAUACAGAGUCUCUAGUUGGUGGAGCAGUUGAGGACGGUAAUGGUGAUGAAUGCCGCCUUUGUGGUAUGGAUGGAGUUUUAGUUUGCUGCGAUGGAUGCCCAAUGGCUUACCAUUCAAGAUGCUUAGGAUUGAACAAGAUGCCUGUUUCCAAUGUAUCAUGGUACUGUCCUGAGUGCAAAGUCAGUGAAAACGACCCCAAAAUUCUGCGGAGGACAACAUUGAGGGGAGGGGAUGUUUUUGGUGUUGAUCCAACUGGACAAGUCUUUGUCGCUUCUUGUGACCAUUUACUUGUAGUGAAGACCUCAGUUUAUUCUGGAACUUGUCCAAGAUACUAUAAUAGACACCAUAUUCCUGGAGUCCUUAAUGUUCUUAAUGCGAAUCCAGAUAAUGCUUCUGUCUAUUCAGAAAUAUGCCAGGGGAUAAUGCAAUAUUGGGAAUUAUCUGCAGAUACCAUACCAUCCAAUUGGAAAUCUGGAAUUGGUUUAGAAUUUCCGAACGAUGGAAGUGGCCCGUGCAUUGCACGAUUGGUUGAUAUGCUGGACAAAGUCCCUGAAACGACCGAGGUUCAAAAUCAUGCAACUUGUGCCACUGGUUCUGUAAGACAACAGUUUGAAAUCUUGAAAACAAUGGUAGCCGAACCUGCUUCGUCUAGUAGUUUAAUUGGUAGGCCUGAGAGUCCUUAUGAAUCAACCCAACAAAGCAACUCAAAUAUGACAGAGGCUGUUUCCUCAAGAAGUAGCAAUAUUAGUGCUCUAAGUGAUGCUCCCUUAGAAGCCAACGGAUCGCUUGUUAGCCAGGAACUUGAUAAUAAAAUUGGAUCUACUUGUGGAAGUCCAGCUCGUUGGUGCUCAUACAAGGGCUCUUCCUUCAAAAAAACUGGUUACAUGAAUCACUAUUUGCAUGGAGAUUUCUCUGCAUCUGCAGCUGCUAACUUGGCCAUUCUUUCACAUGAAGGAAGUCAAGUUUCUGAGUCUCAACAAGCUGUUAGCAUCAGCUAUGCAGAUCAGGUAAAGGCUAUCUCUACAGCAGCUAUGGGAUUUUCCUGGCCCAAUGUGGACAACAAACUUGCUGCAGUCCCUCGCGAAAGAUGUAGCUGGUGCUUUUCUUGUAAGGCUUCUGUAACAAGCAAGAGAGAGUGCUUGCUAAAUGCAGCUGCUUCAAAUGCCACCAGAGGGGUGAUGAAGGUACUUGCUGGUGUUCGGCCUGUAAAGAAUGGUCGGGACGACAGACUUUCUGGCAUCGCAGCCUAUAUUAUGUUUAUGGAGGAGAGCUUAAGUGGCCUACUUCUCGGUCCCUUCCUUAAUGACACUUUCAGGAAACAAUGGCGCAGACAACUUGAACAGGCCGCCAAUUGCUCUGAAAUGAAGAUCCUUUUGCUUGAACUUGAGGAGAAUAUGCGCCCCAUUGCCUUUUCCGGAGAUUGGAUGAAACUUGUUGAUUGUUUUUCUACUCAAUCCUCCACUUCUGAGAUUGCAACUGGAUCAACUCAGAAAUGUAGGCCAGGCAGGCGAGGCAAGAAACGACCUGAUAUGGUUGAAGCUGUAGUGGAUGGUUUCCUGAAUAAACCAACUAAGUUCACCUGGUGGCGGGGAGGUAUAAUGUCGAAGCUUAUGUUCCAAAGAGGGAUUCUUCCAAGCUCAUUUAUCAAAAAGCCAGCCCGUCAAGGUGGUAAAAAGAAGAUACCCGGUGUACGAUAUGUUGAAGGAAAUGAAAUCCCCAGAAUUAGCAGGCAGCUCUUCUGGCGUUCCGCAGUAGAAAUAAGUAGGAGUGUGGCACAUCUUGCACUUCAGGUGAGAUACUUUAAUCUACAUGUGCGAUGGGGUGAUCUUGGUCGUCCAGAGCAAAUGCCCGGUGAUGGAAAAGGCUCAGAGGCAGAAUCAUCCGCUUUUAGAAAUGCUGUUAUCCAUGCUAAGAAGAUAGUGGGACAUGAAGUUAGAUACUGUGUUGGAUUUGGUUGUAGGAAACACCUGCCGUCGCGUGUUAUGAAAAAUAUAGUGCAAACAGAGAAAAUCCUGGAAAGUGGGAAGGAAAGAUACUGGUUCUCUGAGACCUUCAUCCCCUUGUAUCUAAUUAGAGAAUAUGAACGAAAAGCAGAGAAAGCCAAGUCUGUGAAUGUGCUUUCCAAACUGCAGAAAAGACAGUUGAAGGCUUCCCGUGAAAAUAUAUUCUCUGCUCUCUUAUUGGAGAUGGGUAACACAGUCAAGAGUUGUUGUUCGUGUCAUCAAGAUGUCUCCUAUAGGAGUGCUGUGAAGUGCCAUGCAUGUCAAGGAUUUUGUCAUCAGCAAUGUGCCACCACUUCAACAGUAAAUAAAAGUGAGGAUACUGACUUUGUAGUUAUCUGCAAGCAAUGCUUUGAAACUCAGGUGGCUACUCAAGUUGAUAGUAGCAGUGAAUCUGCCACAAGUCCUUUGCUCCCUCAAGCACCAGACGUUUCUAAGCCAGCUAUUCCUAAGGAUGUAAACUCAGUAUGCCAUGAAGAAUCAUUGAUAAAUAGUCCUGCAGUUACAACGACAAAUGCUAUUCCUAAGGAUGUAAACUCGGUAUCCCAUAAAGGAUCAUUGAUAAAUCGUCCUGCAGUAACAAAGACAGAGACAAAUGCAAGAUCAAAUUGGGGUCUCAUAUGGAGGAAGAGGUUUUCUGAAGACACUGGCUUUGACUUCAGAUCAAGAAACAUUCUUCUGAGUGGUAACACAGAUAGGGAUUUGAUGAAACCUGUUUGCCAUCUUUGUGAUCAGCCAUAUACUGGUGAUGCAAUGUAUAUUUGUUGUGAAUCAUGCAAAAAUUGGUUUCAUGCUGAUGCUUUAGAGCUUGACGAGUCUAAGAUUUUUUCUGUUGUGGGAUAUAAGUGCUGCAAAUGCCGAAGGAUCAAGUCUCCCGUGUGUCCUUACUCGAAUCUACCAAAAAAGAUUGUAUCGAAGGGGAAAAUAGAGCACCAACAAGCUUCCAAGCUGAAGAUUCCUGCAAUGGCCUUUAACCGUGAUAUGAUCCUAGCGCAUCUUGAAGAAGUUCCAACAGCUUCCAAAUUACUCCAAAAGCCUAAAGCCAUCAUUGUAUCAGCAGCAGCAGCAGCAACAAAUAAUCCUCUUCUCGCUUCUCUUGAUAAAUCUAAGCAAUGCACUGAUGGGAAGUCAGAACUGAAUAGUGGAUGGAAAAAUGCAAAUGCAUCUGAUCCUGAGCCUAGAAAGUUGCCAGUCAGGAGACAUGGUAAUCGAGAAAUAGAUGUCCAAUGUCAGGAGGGUGCCUGUCCGUUUGAAGCAUCUUUGCCUUUUGAAGAAAAUGCUCUUAAUUCCACACUGGAGAUGCUCAUAAGGAGAAGUACAAGACAAGAGACCAAGUUAGCAACCAAAUCUUUCAGGAAUGAAGAAGUAACAAAACCUACAGAGGCAAAUCCUUUAACCCCAGUGCAGGAUUCGUUAUCCAUGCAGCAGUUUGCUUCUCAAGAUUUCUUUGAUCUUGAAACCAAUGUGGGUGGCCAUGUGAAUAGCGAGGAGCCCUCUACAGUUCCCAAAAAUGGAAUAACUGAAACAUUCCAUGAUCAGGAAAAGCUGAUUGCGUCUUCAGAAACAUCUAAACAGAUAGUGUCUUGUAAACUGUGUUCUAAAAACGAACCACCGAUAGAUCUUUCUUGCGAGAUUUGUGGUAUAAAUCUUCAUAAAACUUGCUCGCCCUGGUAUGAAUCAUCCUCGAAUGAGGAUGACUGGAGGUGUGGCAGUUGUCGCGAUUGGAGCUAGCAGCAAUUUGGUUCAUGCAUCAGCCUAUUAUGCACUGAUGAUGAAACCGUAUGCUUGAUCAUGUUGCCAAUUUAUUGGGAGACAAAUGACAAUGGAGAUGCACUAUGGCCACUGAUUUUUCUUCAAAGUUGAUGGAUAAAGCAGGGUUUUUGGGUGCUUAUCCUAAUAUUUUUUGACCUUUUACAGGUAAUUGAUACAACUGUACAUUGCAGUUGCCCAUUUUUGUCAACAAAUAUAUACACAACUAUCUAUUCAUUUAGAUUAAAAUUGAGAAGCCUAAUCUGCUGUAUUUUUGCGUCUUCACUGCACUUUGUAAUACUAUAACA